AUGUUCUACAUCGUCGUUGCCCUCGCUGCCCUUGCUGGCGUCGAGGCUCAAAACUCCACCGUCACCAUUGGCAGCGCACCGCCGUUCUCGUCCACGCCUGAUGUCGUGACGCGCUCACCGGUCGUGCCUACUGGGACCUGCACGGAGCCCCUUUUGACUGUCAUCAGCAAUGAUGCAGAGCUCACGUCCACCCUCACUACUACUUCAGUGUAUACCAUCACCUCAUGCCCGCCUACCGUCACCGACUGCCCUGUCGGCUCCAAGACCACUGAGAUCAUAAGCUACACCCACGUCUAUCCCGCCGCAUCAACCCCGGGCGGUGGUAGCACAAUUGUCACUUCAGUCGUGCCCGGAUCCAAUGGCACCGCACCGGCAUCACCAUCACCCACCGCUGUUGUCACUGCUGGUGCAAGUGGCAACAAGGUCAUCUCUAUUGGUGGUGUAUUUGCUCUUGUAGCUGUUGCAGCUGGCUAUAUUCUAUAA